CUUGCGAUCGCCAUAUUGGGCGCUCGGAUGACUGUUUUUUUCGGUAGUAAUUACUACGAGACAGGAGUGGACUGAGUGCCUUCCCCAGACUUGCGCACUAGAUGCGAUCACUUGUUAUUUUUUGCCGUACCGACUGCAUUGUUUUUCUGCUUAUUUCGAAUGUCAUGCUCGAUUUUCAUUACGGGAAUAUUUCUCUUCUGAUCUGAUCGGUGUUUUUGUUUUUCUGGACAGCAGCUGUACUUCUUGUUCAUUUGUUUUCGGAGUGACUUUCAUGUGCAACAUGUCUGAUGUGCGUCUGUCUAAUGGCAGUCCGCCUCUGGAGCGGGUGGACGCGCGGCUGGUGGAUCCUUCCAGGCCGCCUGUGUGCAGGAGGAACCUUUUCGGUCGGACGUCGGCCGAUUCGGAAGAGACGCACCGGGAGUUUUUGGACAAAAUGCGGGAGUCGCAAAUGGCGUUUAAACAGAAGUAUAACUUCGAUUUUGAGAAGGACAAACCGCUUGCGCCGGGCAAUUUUGAGUGGGAAGAGCUGGGCGCCGAAGAUGCACCUGAAUUUUACAGCAGGCCGCAGAGUAUCCACAAACGGGUGGAUCUGAACGGUAACUCGGACUGCCAAAACACGCGACGGAAAAGACCGUCCUCAGAUGACCCAGAUUAUGCACAACAAAGCAAACAAGUGAAUGAUUGCCGAGUCACAUCAGAGCUGACACCCAGAAAAUCCGAGCCGAGCACGUAAACCAGGACCUGCAGGCAAAAGAGAUGAAGAAUGUGCAUUUCUCCACCAAGAGCUUUAUGAAGUAAACAGGGACAGCAAUGAAAGAGAAAAAAAAGCGCAGUACUUUUUCAAAGGAUGCGCAAGGCAGUAGAAGCACUGAAAUUUCUUUAAUACACUAAAGUUUUGGCACUCAAGAAAAGACGUUUGCCUCAAAAGCAGCCAAUGUAGCAGUGUGCAAAUGGUUUUCUUUCCUUUUUGCUCAGCCUUUACUACCUAUGUAUAUAUUUCCCAUUUUAUAUGUAGCAUAUGAAAAUAGAACAUUAUGAGAAGAAAAAUCAUAUUAUAGUGUGACUUGAAAAAUUGCUGUGCAGUUUUCAAAACGGCUCCCAAUAAUUCUCUCACAUUAAAAAUAAAUUCCAUCUUGUUAGUUAACUUAGACUUAAAAGAAGUCUUAAAUUUAUCAUGGAUCAGUUCUGUCUACUGAAGUUCCUCCAUAAACCCAGUCAAAUCACAGGCCUGUUAUGUUACCUAAUGGUAGAUUAACUUUGUUUUGGUAUAGAAAAUAAUACCAUAAAAGUAUGUAGGGUACUUUAUGUGAAGUUGAGUUAAAAAUCUGCCAAAGUUGCCACACAUUCAGGUAGGGAUACAUAUUCCUUUUUAAAAGUGUGGUUUUAACAGUUUUGACAGUGUUAUACAGUAUUAUUGUAUUUUUGGGUUAUUCCACUAUUUUUCCCUAAAAGUUAACGAUUGUUUAUGAAUGACAUCCUACUGAGUAAACAACAAUUCGCAAGUGGCAAACUAAAAUCAACAAUUUUUUCAUUCACAUGUGUAUUUUUCUUGCAUCGCUGUGUAGCAUUUUCUUUAGAUGUAAAAAUUGUAGCUAUUUUAAAACACUGGUUGUGUAUGUUAAACCACAUUAACCCAUGAAUCCAGUCCUAUACCACCACAGAUGGCAUACAUGUUGAACAUGAUGUGCCACUACAUCCCAAAAAUCUGUAUUCAACAAAAAUGACUUUACACUGCAUGUGUGUAAAAUGUUGAAGUGUACCUGUGUAAAUUGGUUUGUAAAAACACUGAGGAAAAUAUACUAACUUAUUUAUGUAAAGCUUUUUGUUGUCUAUGACUAUCCAAAGUGGCAUUUGUGCAUUUUUUUUUUUUACUUUUUGUAAGUGUAUUUUUUCAGAUUUUUAAUAGAUUUUUGUGCAAGGUUGCAAACUGAGCCUUUAUGAAAAAUGUAAUGUGUAUUUUGUAUUGCUUGUUGAAAGAAAUGAUUAAAAUCAUUACCUGAACACUUUUA